CGCCCCAUGCUGAAUGUCAUCAUCAUCGUUCACUCUUCUUCCCUUCUCCUUCCUUCCCCUCCCUUGUUUUAAACUCUCAAACACGCUCCCUGCUAUUAUGUAGCUUUCUCCGAAGUCCAACCAUUCCAAUCCAAUACAACACACCAAAGAGCCAAACACUACACUAGUAUUUAUACUCUCUCUCUCUCUCUCUCUCUCUCUCUCUCUCUCUCUCUCUCUCUCUCUCUCUCAUAGAGACAGACAGAGUCAUUGGCUUAAAGCCUUAGUAAGUAAGGCUCCCUCCCUCCCUCGCACAUAAAAUGUCUCUCAACUUUGCGGGAGCUGCGGUUUCCGCACUGCUAUGUCUCACUGCUCUGUUUUCCAUUGUCGCUGCUGAAGAUCCGUAUAAGUUCUUUGAAUGGAAUGUUACUUAUGGCGACAUCUACCCACUUGGUGUGCGCCAAAAGGGGAUACUCAUCAAUGGUCAAUUCCCAGGCCCAGAUAUUCACUCUGUUACUAAUGACAAUCUCAUCAUCAAUGUCUUCAACAGCUUGGACGAGCCAUUUCUCAUCUCCUGGAAUGGAAUUCAACAGAGAAGGAAUUCAUUUGAGGACGGCGUUUACGGAACGACAUGUCCAAUACCACCAGGGAGGAACUUUACCUACAUUCUACAAGUCAAGGAUCAAAUUGGGAGUUUCUACUAUUUCCCAUCUCUUGCGUUCCACAAGGCUGCUGGUGGUUUUGGGGGCAUCCGAAUUCUCAGCAGGCCCAGAAUUCCCGUCCCUUUCCCUGAUCCAGCUGGUGAUUAUACUGUUCUUAUUGGGGAUUGGUACAAGUCUAAUCACACGAGCUUGAGGGCUCAUCUGGACGCCGGUAAGAAGCUGCCUUUCCCUGAUGGAAUCCUUAUCAACGGUCGCGGGCCCGGUGGAUUUUCUCUUAAUUUCGAACAAGGCAAAACUUACAGGCUGAGAAUAUCCAACGUUGGGUUGCAACACUCCCUCAACUUCCGAAUUCAAAACCACAAUUUGAAGCUGGUAGAAGUGGAGGGAACACACACCCUGCAAACCACCUACUCAUCGCUUGAUGUACACGUGGGCCAAUCUUACUCCGUUCUAGUAACCGCUGAUCAGCCCGGGCAAGACUACUACAUUGUGGCUUCCUCUCGUUUCACCACUCCGAUCCUCACCACCACCGGCACUCUUCAUUACACCAACUCUGCUGGCCGAGUCUCUGGCCCACCCCCCGGUGGACCUACCAUCCAAGUUGACUGGUCUUUGAACCAGGCCCGCUCUAUCAGGACCAAUCUUACAGCAAGUGGACCCAGGCCAAACCCACAGGGUUCCUACCACUAUGGACUGAUUAACACAACCAAGACUUACGUGCUGGAAAAUUCUGCCGGUCAAGUGAAUGGCAAGCAAAGAUAUGGAGUGAAUAGUGUGUCGUUUGUCCCGGCAGACACACCCCUCAAGCUGGCGGACUACUUCAAAAUUGGAGGAGUUUUCCGCGUGGGAAGCAUCUCUGACAGGCCUACUGGCGGGGGAUUGUACCUUGACACCUCCGUCUUGGGUGCUGAUUACAGAACCUUCGUCGAAUUUGUGUUCCAAAACAACGAAGACAUCAUUCAGAGCUGGCAUCUUGAUGGUUACUCUUUCUUUGUUGUUGGUUUGGAUGGAGGGCAGUGGACGCCCAAUAGCAGGAAAGAGUACAAUCUCAGAGAUGCAGUUUCACGUUGCACCAUUCAGGUGUAUCCCAAGUCAUGGACGGCAAUAUAUGUAGCACUUGAUAACGUAGGAAUGUGGAACUUGAGGACUGAGUUUUGGGCACGGCAAUACCUUGGACAACAAUUAUACCUGCGUGUUUAUACUCCCUCAACUUCCAUUAGGGAUGAAUACCCCAUACCCAAGAAUGCACGCCUUUGCGGUAGAGCAGCUGGCCGACGCACACGACCCCUCUAAAUUUAAGCCACCACACUGGGAAGAACAAGGCCUCCUCUGUUCUGUUCUGUGAGUAUCUAGCUAGCUUGCUUAGUGGAUCCAUCGAGAUUGAACAACGUCAGUAUCUUACUGUUUGCUUGCUUCUUCUAAUUUGUUCUACUAUUUAUGAUGUCAAACGCGGAGGACAUGUAGCAUUGCAAUUGUCAAGGACCUCAGCUCGAGGUCACAUUCUUUUUUACAACACGUUUUGUAUUCCCCCUUAUUGUUUGAGGUUUUCAUGUACCUAAUUAAAUUAUUUAUGGUAAGGCCCGGGGUGACCCGCCCUCAAGUUGCCCC